AUGUACCGCAAACUCAAGAUUGCCGGACUCAUCCUCGCCAUGUUCCUGUUCGUAUCAUACCACCGUCUUCGAUGCUCAAUAUCGGAACCAUCAGAGCCGCCCCAGCGAAGAGACGUCAAGCUGGAUUUCAAGACUGCUGAGGUUUGGGUGUUUGAAGAAAGCGUCCAUGAUGAAGUCAAUGGCGCCAUAGCAGUGGGGCUUCAGGCUGCCAAAGUAAUGCCCACCUUUGCUUGCCACUUUCGGCAUGAGUUUUCGAACAUUUUGUCAUCUAUCGUGAAGGAAGAACCUACGGUCGUCAGACCCAACGGGCCUGAUUUCCACAAAGCGCUUGCUGAAGACUCCAUUGACAAUGUCAUUUUGACCACUUGUCUCAGCUCGUUGCAACGACACAAAACAGCAAUCUAUGCCUCCACUGCCCAUGUCGUCUGCCUGAUACACCAUUCCAGCCCCCACGUCUACCACGAGCUCAAACCCUUGAUGGAGCCCCUGGCAGAGCAAGGCCGUCUAUCGAUAGUGGUGCUUGGCGAGCAUGUCCGGGAGAGGAUACAAGGGGAUCUCAACAUCUGGACCGAGAACAUGGAGAGUACUGUGUGGGAGAGUGUUCCUGUGGAAGUCAUGCUCCCUAUAUUCGACUACCCUUCUUCGUCUGACAGACCAGAACCCGCCAUUUUUCCCAGUCGAGCCAUCGUUCAAGGCAACAUUGAGCCCGGAAGAAGAAAUUACGAGAAGCUGCUGUCAGACCUUCGAAAUUCUUUCCUGAAAUCACCUGCUAUGUGGGGAUGGUAUGGAUUAGAAGGAUCCCCUCUUCGUCCUCUCCUUGACAGCUCGCCCUUCACCUUACACCUAGUCGGCCAGAUCAAUCAACAACAUCCCGUCGUCAUCCCAGUAGAGCUCCGAGAUGUCGUGCAAAUACAUUACGACCUUCCAUACCCUGAAUUCUAUCAGCUUAUAUCCGAAGCUGCGAGUCUGACAACUCUUCUCACCACUGGCAAGCACUGA